CUUGGCUCCGCGCGCGGGAAGCUGAGGCAGGAGACGCUGGUCUGCGCGAGCGAUUCUGCGGCUUCUGGGCGGACUAGGACGUCAAUCUGACAUGAAUUUAGCGUGUCUUUCAUGCGAGCAGGUUGUGGGGGUAGCACGCGCGGCAGAAUCGGUCAAUUGCACCAGCCAGAGCGCGCGCACGGAAGGCGUCUCAAUCCUCCAUUCGAACGCUGAAAAAAAGUCUUCUACCGCUUCUAGCGACGCGAUAUCGACGGGAAAACACGCACAGACGGCGCAACACACGACGGGCAGCGCGCAAGUGGCUCGCUGCUGCGUGUGCGAUGGUAUUUAUCACACUCCUUGUCUGUUAAAGCUUGGAGACAGCUGGAAGCAAGGGGAAUCGACGUUUACGUGUUUGGAAUGCCGGUCCAAGACCAAGAAAUUGACAAAGAAGGAGAAAAAGAUACUAGACGAUGACGCUCUUCCGAUUUUAGUGCCGGCGCUGGCCUUCCCGUACGUGAGAAGACUUCAAACGGCUAAAAUUGUAGGAAAAUCGACGAAAACUCGUGAAAUUUCAAUGGAAAAUAGCAAAUCCGACGACGGAGUGAUUGCGGAGAGUGACACUACUGACUGGGACGUGUUUUCAACUACAGUGGAGGUCUGCACUACCUGUCGACAGGUGCAGAUUGCUGCUGAAGACAAGACAAACUGCCAUAAAUGCCACAAUCCCUGUCUGCAUCGACGCUGUGUGGCUCAUCACCAAGCGGAACAUGGAGCAACUGCUAAAAAGAAGAAAAUUUACCGUGGCACAGGCAAGAAGAGACGCCGAGCGUCGUCCGUGACCACGUUGGAGUGGUGUGCGCCGUGUUUACUGGACAACGACAAGCAGGUGAAGCAGCUAGUGGACGGAUCUAUUGAUACUCGCACCAUUGCGAUGCUGGUGAACGAUGAUAACAAAGCAGAGGGACAAGUACAGUGGUGGAAGGACUGCUGUAUGUGCCAGGGACGCUUCUGCUUGCAGGAGUUUUGUGAUGUACAGCAGACAGAUGCCAGUUUGGAAGAAGUGCUGGCCAAUGCGCCAUUGGACGAUGAGACUGAGUGGGUCUGUGCUCAUUGUGCGCCUAUCGCACGCUCGCUCGCAAUGAUGACAGUGGUGAUUUGCGAUGGCUGUGACGGAGAAUUCGACAUAGCUACACUGAAUCCGCCGCUUACUGAGGCUCCCGAGGGCGACUGGUUUUGCUCUGCUUGCAGUAUUAAACCGGAAUCUUCGAGUGGUGCAGGGACAUCGAUGAGUGCUCGGGAGUUGGUGACAGUGUUGAGGUGCGAUGGAUGCAAACGUGAGGUCGACGUGGCUAAUAUCCACCCACCGUUGAAGAGUGUACCGAUAGGAAACUGGUUCUGCAACGACUGUGUUACCGACGCAGCUGAUGCCGCCCCUAGUAUUGACAGUGCGACGGUGCCUCUCGUUCCUGUGACGCUGUUGAUCUGUGAUUUGUGCGACAGUGAAUUCGACAUGAAGGCGCUGGACCCACCGCUAACUGAAGUGCCGAGUGGCGACUGGUUCUGUCCAGCCUGUAGCUCUACAAAGAGCGCUCAACGUCAAGUCAAGGGCCGCAGCGGAAAGACCAAACGAGGUCGUGCGAACAAAACUGCGCUUCAAUCAGCUCCUGUAAAGCAAGAGGUGGUCGUCACGGUCUUGCUGUGUGAUGGCUGUGACCACGAAUUCGACCCGUUGACUCUGAACCCUCCGCUACUGAAGAUCCCCGAUGGCGAGUGGUUUUGUCCAGCAUGUAGCGAUGUUCGUGCAGCUGACGGUAUUCAGCGAUGUGUGGGUUGCGAUACGAAGUUCCACACUGGGGGAAGUGUUGCAGAUCGACUGCAUCGUCCAAGCGGAACUGUCGAUGGCGUCAUGUUGUGUGAAGCGUGCCGUAAUUUACAAGUUGGAUACACGCGUAGACGCUCCGCAGCUCCCAUAAAUGCCAGUCUCGAAGCCAAGCCUACACCUGCAAUACCAGUUAGCAGAAAGAGAAGUCGAGUAGCUGCAGUGACUGAUGGCCAGAAGAACCUCAAGCAGCAGAAGACAGAGCUUGGCGGCCCUCCUGCUACUGAAGGCAGCGCUGUAGUGGUUCAACCUACGAAUGUAGUGUCAAGAAGUGCGUCUGUAGAUGACAACACUGGGCCGCGUAUACUCAUCCCGAAGCCGAUCACUAAGGUGGCGUCUUCUGCUGGUAUUCGCAACGAGAUCGACGGAACAAAGAUCACGAGUGGCUGGAGCUAUACAAACCCGACUGUAGUCGUUGCAGACCCCGGCGAUAACUUGAUAGCUAACAGCAUUGAUGACGUCGAAGAGAGCGGCAUCUUGAUCAUCUGCGACAUCUGCUUUGGAGAGUUCAAGAUGGCGGAUGUGCUGGGUACUGACGACGCCAAUGCAGUCCCUGCUCGUCCGUGGUUCUGCAAACCUUGUCUGAGAGCACUCAAGCGCAGUAGAAAGAAGCGACCGCGGUUCUCCAAGCAAAUGGUGCUGGAAAUGCAACUCUACGGGCGUCUAUUACGUGCUACAGCUGCUAAAGUCUCGGAUCUAGACGCCGUUAUUCGUGUGGGGAAUCCGCCAAACUCUCGUGAAGAGCGACGCAGAAUGUACGAGCUGGUUGGCAAGAGUGUGGGUGUGUUCUUGCAGUGGGACAAGCAGUGGGUUAUGGGGCGUGUCUUGGCUUUCCAUGCUACUCAUCCGUCGAUGCACCAUACGAUCCGCUUUGAUGAUGGAAUGGUGGCAUCGUUGCCGCUGUACGCAUUCCCCAUGGUGAUUGGGACUCGCACUAUGCUCUACGUUAAGACUCCAGCAAAGCAGAACCAGUGGUGGCCAGCUCAAGUUUUGCGACUGAAUGCCCUUGCGAAAAAGCUUCUACUGCCCACACAAGAGGAAGAGACUGGAGCUCAUUCGAACUUCCGUCUUGUUCGCAUAUUUGCGAGUAAUGACCAUGUGGAGACGACGCAGUAUGUGUCGUGUUGGGUUCCUAAGUAUCUGUGUCGUAGCAUGAAGAGGUUUGUUCCUUCGGAGACGACAACAAUGGGGAGUGAACAAGAGUUGCUGUCAAAGUCAGUGGAGCGCGCUCGAUUCGAGUUGCAGUGCGAGACAGACCAUUUAAGCCGCUUCUUUCAAGCGUUACUGACCGGUUUUCGACGGGUUUUAGCGUCGACACCGCCACCUACGAAGCCUAUCAAAGGAGCCAAACGCACCCCUGGACACGCGGAUGUCUUUGAUCGGUGCGCUCAGAUCGCUGAAGUGUUGGUGGGUAAAGCUAUCGUUGUCACGUCGGGCAUGAGCCAGUCGACGCCUGGGACGUUUAAAGUGACAAAGUUCGAUCAAGACUCGAAGAAACACGUCGUUGCUCCUCAAAAUGAUGCAGAAAUGAGUGAUUCUGACUCUGAGAUCGUGGUUGAUCUACUUCAAGCCACUGAUGGCGUCGUUUAUCAUCUGGACGAUGUCAGUACGUUCAGCGAGCUGGCUAUUAUGCUCGAGUUAAGCGGCUCUGAUGUCGGUGGAGGCAUCCCAGGAGAAUUCCACUCCAAAGAACUGCUGGAAAAGGCGAUUAUUCGAGAAACUGGUGUCCUUCGUCACACGUUAUCGGCAACAAGUGAGAAACGGGAAGAUUGCGCGAAUAGUACGUGUGGAUACUGCUUGCUGGAUGCUGACGAGUGUGACGUUGAUACGGACACACACGACGCGACAGUUACUCGAGAACAGGAGGAGUUGGUGGUGUGUUUAAAGUGCGACAAGCGAUUCCACGCCACGUGCUGUGACCCACCACAUGCCCCGCUCUCGCUUGUAUCCCCAGAGGACGGAGAAGUACUAGUCUCGGAUCUCAAGACGCCGUUCGUGUGCAGUAACUGCACGUCGUGUGCCGGUUGUCACUGUCAGCAGAACGACGAAGAACAAACCGGAGAGUCCAACCCGCGAUGGUCACAAUGGCGUCUGCCGCUACAGACUGCAGCGCUUUGCACCAAGUGCAUUCCGUACUACAAGGCCAAUCGAUUCUGCGGCGUGUGCAACUUAGUACUGGACGACGAAGAGUUAGCCACCAGUGUGGAUCUAUUGACCUGUUCGACGUGCCACCACUGGAUUCACGCAGACUGCGAGCCAGACCCACACCCAGCUUUCCACGCCUACAGUGACGCUAAAGAUUUCGCUCUAGAUGUCAUCAUGGAUGCUUCAGAUACGCAGUCGAAUGUGGAUACUGUGAAGUCAGCAAGUCGAGACGCUGACACCGAGUCGAGUCUGAAUGCGCUUGUGGGCAGUCGUAGUCCGUCGGAGGAACGCAAUGUGGCUAAUGGCAAGAGCAAAGACGACGGAGCGGCCAAGACGGCUAAACAAGUGGAAGAAGACUUUGCGCACUCCUUACGCUUCGGAGCUGGCUACGACCCCAAGAUGCUGCAUAAUUACGAGUGUCUGACGUGCCGUAAGGUGCGUAUGUUGCAUGUUUUGCAUCGCCUAGGCGUCGAAGACAAGCUGGUGCUGUUCAAAGAGCCUGUGACUGAAGCGAUUGCGCCCACGUACUUCGACAUCAUCAAGGCGCCGAUGGAUCUGAGUACGAUGCGGCAGAAAAUCCUGGAUGGGAAGUACACGAGCGUCAACUUCCGUGCGUUCCGGGACGACUUUGAGCUCAUGUGUUUAAACGCAGUCACGUUCAACACGAAGGAGCGGGACUUUCUGAUCUGGCGUGAAGCGUGGCGGUUCUACGGUCAAGGACAGCGGAUCUUCCGACAAACAGCGCCCAAGGCUCGUAUGAAGCAGCGUGGAGGACGGCACUAUGAUGCUCUGGUGGUCGCAGCGAAGCGGCAAUUGCCUAACAAUUCGGCGCUUGCUCAAUCUAACGGGGAUUCGAUCAGUAAUGGCAACGAAGGUGGAGAUAACGAAGACGAUGAGGACUUUGACGAAGAAGAGGAAGCCGAUAAUGGCUCGGAUGCCGGAUCUGAAGCAAACAACCGACCUCAAGACAACGUCGGGGCUUCGAAUGGAGCUACUGCGUUAGUGUCUGACGCAGCGUCGGUUCAUGACAGCGAUACGAACAGCAUCGUGCCGGAUUCCACAGUGAAGAACCGAGAAUCUGCUAGUGACGUUACUGUUGGAUCGAAUGGCUCAGCGUUAGCUGUGACUACUGAUCGGCGUAUAGUGACGAAUGAUGCGUUCGUGUUCCAGAGCAAGCUGCGUAGUGUCACCUCGCGAUCUCUUGUCCCGCUGUUUCAAAUCGUGCAGACACGGACCUCUGCUCAUAGCUACAGCUGGCUGGAUCUGUGUGCGGUGUGUGGAAGUGCGGGUUUGACAAGUGAAUUCAUCUUCUGCGUGGAUUGUGGAGAAGGUUUCCACUCGUUCUGUGUGUCUGGUAUGAGCGUUGAUCGUCUAGAAGAUAACGAUCAACUCCGCGCUUAUUGGCGCUGUCCGAACUGUAAGAUGUGCGAGAUCUGUGGUCAACCUGGAGCUGUUUGUGGCGCUGAGAGUAACACUCGUGUUCCUGUUACUGCCGGUAAUGUGGACAGCCCAGUGUCAGUGAGUGGAGACACGGAGACGGCACUGGAAUUAGCCAAAGCGGAGUCGCUCUUACUAUGUGGACACUGUGAUCGUGGCUUCCAUGGCUCAUGCGUGGUACCAGCUAUCAAGUUGCCGUCGAAUCCAAAGAAACGCGAUGGCACAAGCUCGAUUCCUGUCAUCUACUGCGCCAGUUGUGUGUCGUGUAUGAACUGCACGAGUUCGAAAGACAACAGUGUGGAGUAUCUACACUCGGACGAAGCCAAGAAGGACCAUAUCGAUGCACUGGAACGUACGUACAGCUACGAACAAGACAAAUGCUUGCAUUGUCACAACCAGAAGGAGCGUGAAGUACAAGCACUUAAAGAGCGUACCAGACUAUUGACGGAAGUGUGGACUGAUUCGGCACGUCGAAACAAGAAGGAUGCAGAGAAAUGUCCACUGUGUCGACGUAAAUGGGAUGCAGAUCUCGAGGAAUUGAUGCAGUGUGACGCCUGUGAACGUUGGGUGCAUCCUCCCUGUGAUGAACUAUUGAAGAAAGAACCCAAACGAUACCAGACGCUAGUGAGCGACCCCAACGCCAUGUACGUGUGUGCUGCUUGUCGCCCUCAAGAGCGUCAACAUCUCACUCCUAAAGUCUCGGACGGUGAAGGUUGGCGCUGCCAAGUGCUGAUCGCUGAUAUCCAACGUAAACGCGUACAAUGUGAGUCCAGUUGGAAGGAAACGCUGAUGCAAAUGGAGCAAGUGGAGCGCUGGAAACGUCUGGCAGACAACACACCGGUAUACUUGUAUGUCCUGCGUCUGGGUGAGGAAUGUCUGCGCAACUUUGCGUAUCGUAGUCUCAACUUCCAGAGCGAUUGGUACCGGUUUACUAAACAGCAGGAACUGGAUGAUACCGGUGUGGCUAUCCCCGAGUGGUUACUACGUAAAGCUAACCGGUAUAUGCGAUUCAAGAGGUACAUGCGUGGCCCUCGUGCAGCAGCUCGACGUCGCGAACGCAAGACGCAGAGCUUUUAUUCCAAGCAAGCGGUGGGGCUGAAUACGCGUAAGGAUGCGAGCGCUAUUUGUAUGAUCGUGUCUGAAGCUGCGAGUUGUGCUGCGUUGUUGGCGUGUGUGCAUUUGCUGUAUGGAUGGAGACCACUUCCUGAAGUCGUGAUCCACUUGUUAUCAAGCGAUGAGGAAGGCACUGAGCAUCGGAAACUGGAAGAACCACUGCUAAAGAGACUGCGAAGUGGAGAGAGUAUCGACGGUGAAGCAAUGCAACCGAGAUUGAAGUUGGAAGCGGAGAUCAAGACGAUCAAGGAGCAGUAUGACCGCAGAGUAGGCAAGAGGCAUCUGGUGCAUGAACCAUCGUCUGAGCUCACGGUAUUUGGCUUCGGUGACGCGGUCAGUGCUACAAGCUCAGUGGAACCGGAUGAGAGCAAAGAAGAAGCCAAGGCGCUUGAGUCUGUAGAAUCUUCUGAGCCUGCUUCUAAUGGACAUGCGUCUAAUGGCCAUGCGUCUCCAGUGCCGACACCGUCUGCCUCUCCUCGCUUAAGCUCUGGAAGGCUGGCUCGUAUGACCACUGUUUCUCCAUUGCAUGGAUGGCCUAAGAGUGAAAAUGACGGCGUUGCUGCGUUUGAAGACACGCGAUUCUGCGCGCUGUGCUUCAUGAUUGGAGAUAACUCGGCAUGUGGACGCUUGUUGUACACUGAAGCGGAGACGUGGGUGCAUGUGAAUUGUGCCUUGUGGUCGAUGGAAGUGUACGAGGACGUGUCUGGUGUGUUGCACAAGUGCAGUAAGGCGAAACAUCGCAGCCGGUUGAUUCGCUGUGAUUCUUGUGGACUGAUGGGAGCGACAAUUGGCUGCGCCAUCACACGCUGUACUAGACAUUAUCACUUCCCGUGUGCAGUAGACGCUGGAGUAGCGUUCUUACCGAACGGCGAGACUUGCUGUCCGCUGCCUGCACAUCUGGAUACUGUGGCUCGAAGACUCGAGACUGUGAAUGGAGGAGUACCGUUAACAAUACCAGCUGCAUCUCCAGGAGCAGAAUCGGAUCCACAGACUCUGAAUAACAGCGAGACGAACGCAGAAUCAACUGAUGGUGACAUAUCGAGUGCCGUGGUUGAUGGGAAUGAAAGUGCUGAGCAGACUGUGAGCUCAGAGGAGGAGAGCAAGGAACAAGAUGCAGGCGAUACUGGGCUCAAGACCCCAGAUAAUGGAGAAUCGACGGAGGCGAGUGCAGUACCAGACAGUUCCAUCACGUCAAGAGUGAAGGUAUCUUCAGCAGAGAACGUCUCGACGGUACAAGGUCAGGACGAAAAGGAAGACUGUGCCUCGAAUAUUCAAGAUGAGGUGAAGGCGAGUGAGAACCCUGAGGCAGCUGUGGUGGUUCCUCCGGUGCAGCCUCAACACGUUUUACCUGUGAUCAACCCUCGUCCAGAGCCCCGAAGAUCUCUUUUCAGCGACCCACCCCUUGUGACCGUGUCUGACUUGAAGAAGAAGAAACGUGCUGAACUCAAACGCGGCAUCAAGCCACGACCAAUGUGUUACCGCGUUGGAGCGCUGACAGUUCAUUCUCUCGGCCACAUUUUCGUCGGCAAUGGCAGCUUCCAUACACGAACAAACAUCUACCCAUUAGGCUUCCGCAGUACGCGCAUUUUCUGGAGUACACGCCACCUGGCGACGCGUUGUCUGUACGAGUGUGUGAUCUCCAGCUCUGAGAUCGAAGAGCGACGUGCUCGACGCCAAAAGAAACUGAAGAAUGGCGAAGCAGACGACGAUAACAAAGACAGCGAGUACGAUCAACAGCGUCGAAGGCCUCGCGUUGUGUUCAAAAUCACGCCCUCAGACGACCAGGAACGACCCAUUGUGGCGUCCACACCUGAAGACGCGCUUAUUGAACUUCGCAGUCGUGUUGUGUCGCUGUAUGAAGAGCAGCGAGGCUUCUCUGUAAGUCCCAGGAAUGGUCAAAGCUCAGCGCGCUCGUUGGAGAUGGAGAGGAAUCCGUUCUUGAAGCGCAGCUCAUGGUUCUCUUUCGCACUUAGUGGCGAUUACUUCUUCGGCUUUGGGCUGCCUGAGAUCACUCGCUACAUUGAAGAACUGCCUUAUGCUGCCACUACAGCGAUUAGUCGUCGUGCUGUGGUACGGAAGCUACGACAGCAGCAACAACGUCAAGGUCAGAGUCCUCUAGCUGGUUCAGCCGCUGCAACGUGGGGCUCUGGCUCUCGCAAACGCAGUCAUGACAGCAUGGAGCAUAGUGCUGUAAAUGCCGCUCAAGUCAUCUCUGCAAUGCUCGAAGAAGAAGAAGAUGAACAGCCCUACGAGUUCAGUCAAAAACUACCGUCCACAGAGACUUUCCAGACCGCUGAGCGUGUCAUGGAACAUCUUGUACGAGCUGAACAACGCGCCCGACAGUCGUCAGGAUGUGCACGAACCGAUGGCUUUGAAGGCAAUCGACUGUUUGGUGCACCGAAGAAAGCCAAGAGCAUGCCACGACGUCAAGCUCUUAACAAGGAGGCGACGAAUGAACCGGUACCUGGAGCAACGAACGGGAACGGAGGGAACUCUAGUGGUGUGGCUAUGGAUAUUGAACACUUGCCGAUCACAAUGCAGUACCGAGAGCUCCGACGUCGACCGUUUGACGAACGUAUGUUGGUGCGUAAGUCUUCUAUCCACGGCUACGGACUCUUCUUGAAGGAACCAGUGAGCGAUGGACAGAUGAUCGUCGAGUACCAAGGACAAAUGAUUAACCAGACGGUAGCCGAUGAGCGGGAACGACGCUAUGAGGAACAGGGUAUCGGCAGUUGCUACAUGUUCCGACUGGAUGAGAAGACGAUCAUUGAUGCUACGCGGUGUGGCAAUCUCGCGCGUUUUAUCAACCAUUCGUGUGAUCCAAAGGCCUUUGCACGCAUUGUGGCGGUGGAAGGGGGAGAGAAGAAGAUUGUGAUCUUUGCAAAGCGAGCGAUUGCAGUGGGAGACGAGGUGACGUAUGACUACAAGUUCCCUAUUGAAGACGAAGCUAUCCGCUGUGACUGCAACGCUCCCAAUUGUAUUGGCCGCAUGAAUUAGGUCCGACGUUUAAGCAAAACAGCAGAUUUGGGUUCUGCAUAAUAUGCAAUAUGUUUUUACAUGAAUGCGCAGUUAUAAACCACAUUUUCAGCUUGG